GUGCGUUGCGUCCCACCAAAACAGGAAGUUUUCAGAGUUUCCAGGUUAGCUGACUAGCCUUCGGGGUACAUACGUAGUUUUAUAUGAUUCAACAAGUGUUUAUAUCGUGUGGAAUAUCUGUCAGUGCCACAGACGGCUAACCAGGAGCUCAGCAGCAAGUCUAACCAGACAGCACCGUAACAUGAAGUUAUGGAGGAACGAAAGCUAAAGCGAAAGAGUCCCAGGACCUCCACCAGCACUGCGGCUCCAACCGGUGGCUCUGGCCGAAAGAGCAGCGCUUCCUCCGGGGGACGGCACGCAGGCUACAGCCAGAACGCGGGGACUCACUCCAGCCAGAAGAGCAAAAGUAGAAGGGCAGUUAGAGAUAAACCCAGGCAGCAUUUGGGUUUAGGUGGCAAAUCCAGUCAGAACCAGGGCCAGGCAGCACCUAUCAUCCAGCACUCCUUUCUGACUGAUGUCUCAGAUGUACAGGAGAUGGAGAACGGCCUGCUCAGUCUCCUCAAUGACUUCCACUCAGGGAAACUACAAGCAUUUGGCAACGAGUGCUCCAUUGGGCAGAUGGAGCAUGUGAGAGAGAUGCAGGAGAAGUUGGCCCGUUUGCACUUUGACCUCUAUGGUGAGGUGGAUGAAAUGCCUGAGGACCAGAGGAAAAUGGCCUGCGACACCAACAUGGACAAAUUACUGCUGAAUCUGGAGGAGCUGAGUUCUUCUAUUCAGAAACUGAAUCUCGCAGACUCCCAAGAGAUCCCAAGGACUGCCAGUAUGUGAUCCUCUUCUCAACCCCAUCUGACCCAGACCCGUGCCACCCUGAGGGGCUGCACCUGAUAAGGUGGAGUUGAAGCGAGCCUGAGGCACAACUUCUCUUAAGUAUUGUGGCAGAAACGGCAACAAAGCUGUUCACCAGCGUUCCCUGUCUGCAUAGGGCAAUGGAUGUAUUGCAAGAUGUCAUAACAGGGAUGCACCAACAAUGUUAUAUUUCACUGCCAACAGUGAGUGCUAAAGAAGGUGGCUAAUAUCAAGUAGGAAUAUUUGGUGCAUCCCUGUCGUGGCGUGUUUAAAGUCAAGUUGUAGGCAGUUCACUUAUUACCAAACAGUCUAGAUUUGCACUGCAUUGCUAACCAAAGUGAUACUGAUAUGAAAUACUCACCUUGUUUUGUCCAACAGUUGAUUUAUUCACCCGUCUAUAAAAGGACAUUUUCAGUAUUUGUUUAUCAGCUUUGUUAAAAGUGAACUGACCGCCAGCUUGCUCCUUUUUUUCAAACAUGUAUAAACUCACUCUGUUGCACUUUGUCUUAUCUACUGUCACAGGUCAGUGUCUAACAUCACAAACUAAAGAAUCAGAGCCAGACUUAUCAAAGUAUAGAUACAGAUAUUAUGUUUAUAACUGUUUCUCAACAUAUAGCUUUAAACAGUUUUUAUCUGAGACAAUAAAAACCUCUAGAAAAUUAGAUGAAAUUCUAAUUAAAAUCAUUAAUCGGCAUAAGAAUGAGUAAGAAAAUAAGCUGCGACCCCAGUUUGUGGUUGACCAUAUGAUUCCUUGCUACAUGUGAGUGGCCUGAUAUCACCUCCAACACCUCAUUCAGUGUUGAAUAUAUUUGCACGUCCAUGCAACAUGCAAAGCACACUGCACAUUAUCACAGGUGUGUCUGUGAGACGCUGGAACGACUAAUCAAUCCAAAUGUUGACAUCACAACCAUGCCUUAAUUUAAUUUAAUCAUUUUUGCCUUAUUGGUUUAACCUUUGAAUCGACUCACAUAGAGCAGGUUUGGAUUCUGUGUUAUUAGAUGGUUUAAUCAUUUGAUGCUGCUUUGAUUGUAAAUCCGACUUUAUUUUAUCACUUCCUGUUUUAACCAGUGUUGUCGGGGGAUGUGAGGUUAUUUUUAAGUGUUUUACUGUUUUAACUGUUUGGUGAUUUUACUUUUAUUGACUUAAUAAAUGUGUUGUCUGAA